GGUGAAAAAAGUGCGCGACGACAAUGUACCAAACUGCCGUUAAGCGUUCCGUUAUAGAUCACAUAUAUACAAUAUAUCGAAAAAGUUGAUUAAUUUUGACAGAUCAACAUUUCAAGUGACUGCAAGAGGUUGAAUCGAUCACGCCGUAAAUGUGCGGUAUGGCACAGAAUAUUCCAGCAACAUUACGUUCCAACUAUACUGCAGGGUGAAGAAACAAUUAUGGCCCUGCAAUCUGUGAGACAGAAGUUUUUUAGCAUCAUAAGAAAAUCGGGCAGAAUAAGAUUCCUGAGUUCUCAACAAGUAAUAGAUCGCGACAAGAAAUACGGCAGUCAACACAUCAAACCGCUGUCGGUUGUUAUCACCCGUGCGGAAGGAAUCUUUUUAUACGACAUAGAUGGAAAGCGAUACUUCGAUUACAUAUCAGGACUAGCGGCUUGCAAUCAGGGUCACUGUCACCCGCGCUUGGUGAAAAUAAUGAGGGAUCAGGCUGGAAAGUUGACGCACACGUCGAGAGCCUUCUUCUCAGAACCUCAUGGCGAAUUGGCAGAAUAUCUAACAAACCUCUUCGGAUUUGAUAGAUUUUUACCUAUGAACACAGGUUGCGAAGGUGGUGAAAUAGCCGUGAAGGUGGCCAGACGCUGGGGAUAUAGAGUGAAAAAGAUACCGAGCAACAAGGCUACCGUUGUGUUCGCCAAGGGUAACUUUUGGGGCCGUUCGCUGGCGGCCAUAUCGUCCUCGACAGAUCCAUUGAACUACACAGAUUUUGGACCGUACAUGCCCCUUUUCGAUAACGUGCCAUACGACGAUGCGAACGCUCUAGAACAAAAGUUUCAGGAGAAUCCCAAUAUCUGCGCGUUUAUGGUGGAACCUAUUCAGGGAGAAGGCGGCAUUAUUGUACCGACUGAUGGUUAUCUGAAACGUGUAAGAGAAUUGUGCACGCAGUACAAUGUUCUAUGGAUCGACGACGAAAUAAUGGUUGGUCUCGGCAGAACUGGUACGCGUCUAGCAGUUGACCAUGAAGGCUGUAAGCCGGAUAUUCUUGUUUUGGGAAAAUCACUUUCCGGCGGAAUGUAUCCGGUUUCCGGCAUCCUCGCAAAUGAUGAGGUUAUGCUCUGUUUAGAUUUUGGUUCGCAUGGAAGCACUUUCGCUGGAAAUCCCCUUGGGAACAGAAUCGCUUUGGAAGCGGUUAAAAUUAUAGAGGAGGAGAAGCUGGCAGAGAACGCAAAGAAGCUCGGAAAAGUUCUAAAAGAAGAAAUAAGUAAGGUGCCUAAGGAGAUCGCAAAAGAAUUUCGUGGACGCGGUCUUUUUGCCUCUCUCGUGAUAAAUAAAGGUUUGAUCAGCGAGUGGGACAUCAGCAUGAAGCUGAAAGAAGCUGGAUUGUUGACAAGAGGUACGCCAUGUGAAGGUGAAGCCAUGAGAAUAUGCCCUCCAUUAACGAUAACGGAGGAACAAUUACGAGAAUCACUCAAUAUUUUCAUUUCGGUCCUCAAAACCAUCGUAUAAAAUAUUUAAAAAUUCAUUAAAAUUGUAUGAUAAAUGUAUUAUUUAUAAUAAUAUAGUGUACCUUUUAUCGUAUUAUGCUGGGCAUUCAAAAAAGUUUAACCAAAUGAAAAAGCUAAUGCUAAAACGACGUCUUGGACAUUGAAAUUAACUCGCCAAAAGUAAAAAAAACUCAAUAUUUGCUUGAUUUUUGACUUAUUAUCGAAUUGCCUUAAAUAAAUGGAUAUAAAUGAUAGA